GGAGCCUGUAGGAGGAAGAAGCGCCGUUUUUUCCUGCCGUGAUGACAGAAACCGACGGUACCGGCAUAUGAACCGCUCCUCUUUUCUCUGCACAUACCAAACCGGACCGGACCUUCAGUGCAUAUUCAAAUAAAAACCUUCAGAGCCCCAGAAUACGUAAUAUACAUAGUGAAUACUUAUAGAUUCAGACACUUUAAUGUCGGGCAUUAGACAAAUAAAUCAUAUGAUGGAGACGGAGAUCCACGUGCCGGUGGGGUCACCGGCGAUCAGAAAAUUCCCGAUAUUCGUGGAUGAGCACAAUGUGACGGAGGGUGCGAUGAAGCUGAUCAAAGAGCUCAGACCGCGCUGGGACCCGAACCUGAUCCGGACCAAGCUUUUCACCGAUGGUACAACUAACAAACUGGUGGGGUGUUAUGUGGAGGACUGCCUCGAGGAUGUGGUGCUGGUAAGGGUGUACGGCAACAAGACGGAGCUGAUCGUGGACCGAGACAAUGAACUGAAGAGCUUCCAGGUUCUGCACGCCAACGGUUGCGCACCUCGACUUUACUGCACCUUCCAGAAUGGCAUCUGCUAUGAGUUCAUGCAAGGACGUGCUCUGGAUACUCAAGACGUCAGGGACCCUGUGUUACUCAGGCUGAUUGCACGUGAAAUGGCUCGCAUUCACGCCAUCCACGCACACAACGGCUGCAUCCCCAAACCCAACCUGUGGAUCAAAAUGCGCAAGUACUUCUCACUGGUGGCCACUGAGUUCACAGACCAAGCAUCUAACGUCAGAAUUCAGCAGGAAGUGCCCAGUCAGGAAGUUCUAGAACAGGAAAUGAUGUGGAUGAAGGAAUACCUGUCGCAGCUGGGUUCUCCUGUAGUGCUCUGUCACAAUGACCUGCUCUGCAAGAACAUCAUUCACAAUGCAAAGGAAGGUCAUGUUCGGUUUAUCGAUUAUGAAUACUCAAGUUACAACUACCAAGCAUUUGACAUUGGAAAUCAUUUUAAUGAAUUUGCAGGCAUGAGUGAACCCGACUAUAACCUUUAUCCCAGUCGAGAAAUGCAGUUGGACUGGUUGCACACUUAUUUGCAGGCCUACAAGCUCUUUACCAAGAAAGGUGAAGAGGUAAGCCAGCGUGAACUGGAGACGCUCUACGUACAGGUCAACAAAUUUGCUCUGGCUUCACAUUUCUUCUGGGGUUUCUGGGCCCUGAUCCAAGCCAAGUACUCCACCAUCGAGUUUGACUUCCUCGGGUAUGCCGUGCUGCGUUUCAAUCAGUACUUCAAGACCAAACCUGCUGUAAUGGCCCUGGAGAUCCCCAAAUGAGACGUCAAGAUUGAGAGGACAGUGCUGGUAUCUGCUGACCUCAUCGUUGACUGUUUGACUAUGGAAUCAGAGGCCUUUUCAGUCAGGGAAGGGUAUGGGGUGCAGCAGGGGUGAGCACUGGGACCUCUUAUGAUUGGUUGGCAACUUGUCUGCUAAGUUGUAGUUCCACAAAUUCUUGAUUCCUUUUUCAAACACCAUGUUUCUCUUUGGGACUCAUCUAGUUCCCCUUGAAAUGAGUGUGUUUUUUAUGUUUUAAUUACAGUUUAUUUAUUAAUUAUUAUUGGGCACUUGUUUUGCACCAAAGUAGUCCUUGCACUCUUGGAGCCGACUUUGCUUUGACUUCUUGUUAUGGGUUUUGCGGUGUGAGAACCAUAGCAAACUUACGCAGAAUUUGCUGUGAAGGAGGCCUGUAGUGAUGUUUAGCAAGGGGAUAUGUUGAUACUGCGGGCAUUGACUUACACUAAGCAUCCAGCCUGUGGCUUCAUAAUGCUUCUGUCAAAUGGAUGUGGCCCACCGUUGUUUCUUUUGCAAAGUCCAAAAAAAAGUACUUUCAGAUUUAUCUUACUGUGCAGUAAUGGGGUUAUGUAUAAAAAUCCUGGCUGGUAAUACAAAAGUUUCUGUUUAAGAGCCAAAAGGACUUGACUCAGGAACUAAAUACUUACCGAGGUCAAAAUCCUGCCCUGUUCUGCACUAUUACGCACUUGAGCAAAUGACUUAAACCCUGCAUUUAGUCCCCUGUAAGUCACUUUGGAUGAAUGGCGUCAGCUAAAAGGCAAGUAACCAAGUAACCAUUGAAGUCAAUGUAACCUCACUCCAGACAUUCCCAAGAAGUCAGGGCCACGAGACCCCUCAGCGUCUCAGCUACAUUUCCACCUAUUUAGCUUUUAUGGUUAUGAGGAUUUCUGUUGAAUUUUCCACUCAUCACAGGCUGAGGAAUAUUACCACCUGCCUCCCACUUCCCCCUCCCUCCCUCGCUCUCUGUCCUAAAUGCGUUUGCAUCACCUGGCAGAGCUCAAACUGAGAUUUGAAAGUCAUUAUCUGCUCAAUGAUCACUAAGCUCAUUCCUAAUGUAACCCCCCUCCCUCCCCAAACGUCAAUCUAAUGGUUUUCCAAAACUGGAAAAGGGGGCAAUAUUUAUGUAACAGUGUGUUGUAGUUUGAUUCAGGUCACCAUCUGUGAGGACUCAAUGUCCUGGAGUGAAAAGGACAAGAUUAUUUAAGUUUGGAGUAUUCAUUUGCAAUUUAGUAAUAUAAUUGCCAUUUCAUCUUAAAUACCUGGACUGUCUGGUUAUGUUUUUUUUUUGUUUUUUUGUUUUUUUUUCAGAAACAUUUUGAAUUACAUUUUAGUUUCAGUGCUGUUCAUCUAAACUUCUCUCACCUACAAGAUCAUAAUUUCACAUUUCCCAGUCUUUUGCUUUAUUUAACUUCUUUGUCGCAUAUAUUAUGCUUUCGCUGUAAAAUGAUGUCCAUUUUUGUCUGAGUAAAACAUUUCAGUAGAAACUUGCAAAAGCUCCACAAAGCACAAAAUCAUCUGUUUAUUUUGUCAUGCAUAUUGAACAUGCCAAGAAUUGCACCAUUUUGGUCACUCCAGCUGUAAUAUUGUACUGUAAAUGGAGGUAGAGAGAUAUUUGUGGGAAUCUGUCAAGAACAUGUCAGGCCAUAUUUUUGUCAAAAGCCUUUUUUUUUUUUUUUUUUUUUUUACAACUGUUACGAUUAAUGUAAUAGGACAAAUUCUAAUUAUUGCUUAACAGUAUUGAGAAUCCUGUGAAAAUUAAGAAGUAUGAGAAUUAAAAAACAUGUGGAGGCAUUAAAAGAACAUGGGGAGAGAAAUAAGCUAAAUUAUGGAAAUGUCAGACUGCAAGAAAAACAUGUUCUGUUAUCUUUUAAUGCUAAAUGUAAUUUCUUAAUUUUCCUCAUUACUUCUGUCAUGCAUUGUGACCUGAAUAUGUUUUUGUGAGACUCAUCCAUUUUGAGCAUCACUGGAAUCUGUCUGGCAGCUUGUUGAACCCAAGUGCCCUUUUAUUGACCGACCAGAUCAGUCCCUGAUCAAUUAGUACAGCAGUCAUUUUCAGCCCAUCUUGAAACUGAAGCUAGAUGUUGCGUUUGAGCAGUGGGGUCACGGUGAAAUCUCUGAGGUGUCUGUGGCUCUGUGUCAGGAGCAGGUUAAUAAUGAAACGCUUUGAGCUGCAGGCGACGACUGAAAGCAAGAGGCCCUUCAACAAAAUCAUGAAUAAUUUUGUAGCCAAUGUUUCUCUAAUGAGUUGGAACUGCCUGAUAGCUCUGUGCUAAUAUACUGUGUUCUGGUUGUGUUCACUUUUUACUGCUUAGAUCUAAGAAAUGUGAGUUGCAGUUUUAAGGUGAAUCUUGAGAAAACAAUUCCAGGUCAAAUUUCACCAUACAAAUUAAAGAAAUAUGUUGCAUACAGAAAAAGCAAAAACAUGCCCAUUUCUGUAAAAAUCAAUCAAUCAAUAAAUACUGUCUGAACAUUAUUUGUUCAUGAAAAUCAGUGUAGAUUAAAUUCAAAAUACUUUAAAUCUAUUCCACAAAUGUGCUAUACGAUUUAAUUUGUUUUAUGUGCAUUACAGUAAUGAAAAAUUAUUAGAAUUACAGUAAACUACUGGGAUUAAUUUUCAUAAUGAGAAAAAAAAAAAGUCCUAAAAUUUGCUUCACAUUCUUUAUUCUUUAUUGAUAGUUUCCACAAGAUUCUACUUUUAAGGUCAGCUGAUGCAUUUUUACAUCUUUGUCACUUUGUGGUCCGUGAUGACUGUUGACUAAAAAAGCGGAAAAAAUAUUUAUAUAGGUUGCAUAUUCCUUACACGCAUGAUGAAUGUUAUAAAUUUGAUCAAUAUGUUCGUAUAACAGGAGCGCAAUUGCAAGAUAUGUGUGUAGAUUUGUGAAUGUGUCCAUCAGAAAACUACUUCUGUAAAAUAUUAGUUACAUGUCAGUUUUCUUUUAUGAUAUGAAGGCCAUUUUUAAUGUGAAGGGGGAAAUGUUUACAAACACCAUUCCCGUUUCCUAGAAAGCUUAUUUUGUUGAACUGAGAUUAUAUUUUUUUCACUUUAAUAUCAACUUCUUAAUGUAGCUACAGCUGUUUAUUCCAUUUGGAAUGGAGAUGGUAGAACAAAGUAGAUUUUAACAUCCUAGACAUUUCAUAGCGCCACCCCUGUAUAUAAUAUCAUCAUCUCUAUUAUUUGAAAUGACCUUGUAAAUAUCCCUUUUUAAACCUCUGCUCUUAAAAGGGAUGUUUACAGGAAGCAUCUGUGUUGGGAUUUUUGUUCCGUCUGCUUUAUUGAAAACAUACCAAACAAGUCGGCUUCACAGUGUGCGCUUUAUUUGAGAUCAGUUCUUUUGUGAAUGUACUGAAGAAAUGUACAGAUUAUGUUUCAUUUAUACUUACAUCUUUGGUAUUUCUACUUGUUUUGUAUAUUUAACUGAACUGGGAGUGUAUUGGAUUGUUAGGUUGGGAUGGACCCAAGUGUGUGUUUGCUGGAGACCAGCAGGCGGCGCCACUGUAGCGCAGCGAGGCCUUUGGCGCUGAUAAGGAUUCUGUAAAUACUGUGAAAUAUUGUGAAAAAUACUGUACAAUGUUUUCGCUUCUAUUCAACUGUGAGGAGUAAUUUAAUAAUUAUUCAGAUUUUCCAUUAAAAUGUCGAGUUGCAUCUAACUGUGUGCAAAUGUCCUUUUUCCCUUUGAUACUAUAGAAUA